AUGUCAAGUGUACAAGAACAGUAUAACGAUGUUAUGAGUAGUGAGGAUGACGAUGUUGAAAUGGUAGAUUCUGAGAAUGUCUCUGCAACUGUUGGUUGUGCACCUACAGCUAUUUCAAUUGGAAAGAAAGGAAACAAUUCAAAGAAAUCUCGACUUAGAUCUGAUGUUUGGGACUUUUUUGACCGCGUUAAAGAGAAAGAUGGAACAAAGAAGGGAGUGUGUAAGGCUUGUAAAUUUGGAUAUAAAUAUGAAAGCAGCAAAGGCGGAACCUCAUCUAUGAGAAGGCAUGUGUGUCCUCAGCGUCAGUCUAAGGACAUAGGGCAGAUGAUGUUAUCUGCAAAGAACGGCCAGCUGUCUACCCGCGUACGCAAAUUUGAUCAAAUGAAGUUCCGGGAUCUUCUUUCAACAUUACUCAUUGCAAGAAACGUCCCAUUUUCGUUGGUGGAAUGGAAAGAAUUUAGGGAUAUAUGUAGGAUGUGUCUAACAUCUGACAUGUGGACUUCUGUUACGACUACAGGGUAUAUAAGCUUAACUGUGCACUAUCUUGAUCAAAAUUGGGAGUUAAAGAAGUAUCUUCUGAAUUUUUGUGAACUUCCACCACCUCAUACAGCUCUUAUCGUAAAAGAUGGACUUGUGAAGAUUGAUCCAGCUGUGCUUAAGAUAAGAAAGUCUGUGAAGUCCCUUAAAAAGUCUCAAGUAAGAAAACAAAAAUUCUUGGACAUUGUUGAUGCUUUAGGAAUGUCUGGAACAAGAAGGGGUAUUCGUCAAGACGUGAGCACAAGGUGGAAUUCAACUUAUCUCAUGUUGGACAGUUGUCUUGUUUAUAGAGUUGUUUUUGCUCAUUUAAAGGAGGUGGAUCCAGACUAUGAAGACUGUCCAACUGAUGAAGAAUGGGAGAAAAUUGAAGUUGUCACAAAGUUUCUCAAGACAUUUUAUGAUCUCACGACUUUAUUUUCUGGUAGUAAGUAUCCUACUUCCGAUCUUUAUUUUGAAGGAGUUUGUCGAGUUCAGGUGUUACUCAAAAAAGAAAGUACAAAUGAUAUUGAUUACAUUAGGGAGAUGGUAAAAGAGAUGCAAGAAAAAUUUAACAGUUAUUGGACGAACUUGAGUCCUAUAUUGGCUAUUGCACUUGUGUUAGAUCCUAGAUAUAAACUUCAUUAUCUGAACUUUGCUUACUCCAAGUUGUAUCCUGAUGUAAGAGUACUAGAAAGAAAAGUUAAUGAUGUGCGUGAUGAAAUGAAAAAACUUUAUAAUGAGUAUUGCAUCUUUUCAAGAGCUUCUGGAAUUGGAACUCAGAAUUUGGGUACUCAAACCGAUGGGAAUUCUGCCCAUCAAGGAAGUGAGUGGUACGAGGUAAUCUUGAAGCUUAUUUAUUACGUACAUGUGGUCUUGUAUUAUUUUGUGUUUUAUCUGUGUGUGUUUGUGAAGUUCUUGUACUUUAUGUUCUCAUAG